ACACAGGUGUUCUUUCCUACAUUCCUUGACCUUCCUCAUGAUCAUUAUUUCACUGAUUCAGAAUGCUCGUACUACGCCGUUUCAAAGGACUCGACCGAUAUGUGUACUGUUAGACCAAGCAGACACUGGUGUCUCCUUGCCGAAAUUGUCGCAGUGCAAUCAUGGCCCCUUCGACCUAUGUACCUCGUAAAGGACACCACCGGCCAAACCUUUCUCGCCGCGUUUCACUACAAUGAUCGAACGCUGUUUUCGGAAGUCUGGAAGAAAGGCUUGGUGGGGUCGACGAUCUGCGUAAUGUAUGCAAACUUUCAUCAAUUCGUGGAUGGGCAGGUAGGGGUGAGGCUAGAGGAGCCUGAGAGUGUCAAGAUUCUUCCGUUUGGCUUAGAGGAGCUGAUUACAGCAAGUGAACUCUUCCGAGCUCCUUGUUCUAGUCCUGUUACUUGUGCUUUCUGUGGAGGGGGUGCAUCUAAAAGAUGUUCCCGUUGCUCGACUGUUUUUUACUGCAGCCAAAUUUGUCAGGCUCGAGAUUGGAAAGCGAAACAUAAGAACGAAUGUACGGUCAUUCAACAGAUGAAGAAAUGGAGCGAGUUCAGCUGGGAUCAAUACGAUGCUUAUAGGGGCUUUACUGGUAACGCUACAAACCUUCAAGCAACAUCGUUCAUGUUAAUCCAAUCUUCUCUUCAGACUUCGGCUCAAAUCACUAGGGCUUUGCAUCAGCAAGCUUUCCCCUUUCACUUUUUGCAACGUACUAGUGGCAGUCACUAGCUAUCUCAGCCCCCCCUGUUACUAUACAAUGUGUAUGUUCAAUCGUAGUCGUAUAUACAAUUGAAACAAGAAAAGCAUCCCAAACAACUGGAGACAAUGACGGAAGCUCGAUACAG